AUGGCUGCUCCCGUUGCUAUGGAGCAUCCCGACCUCACAGACCUUUCCAACGCCCCAGGACAGAAGCGAAAGCGCGCAUCCGAGUCCGCUUCGCCCGAUUCUCGCAGAAACAAGCGCGGUGUUCCACCGGCGACAAUGGCGGUCCCUGAGCCAGAGGCAUUCCUGGAGAAUGCUGUCAGCAUCGCCCAAGCAGCCCAUGAUCAUGUCAGCGCCGACGAUUUCAAUGCGCUGGCCCAGGCUGCCUCGGAUCACACAGACACGGCCGAUGCGAACAGCGCUACUAACACUGCCGCCGCCGCCCUCAACAUGUAUCCCACUCUUCAUGUUCCCCCACCCACUGAGGAGACUUUUGCGCCUCCGCCGCCAGGACCAGAGAUGCAGCACCACCACGAGAAUGCCUAUCACAACCCGUCUCCCGUCCAAGAGCCAGACGGACUGCCGCCUAUGACCCCCCAGACAUCUCUUCCACCGGCCAACGGUGUACAGCCUGAACCGCCAAAGUGGGGAACGCAUCUCCCACCCAAGCCGGCCGUUGGCAGUGAAGAGUGGCACAAGAUGAGGAAAGACAACCACAAAGAAGUGGAGAGACGACGUCGCGAGACUAUCAACGAAGGCAUAAAUGAGCUUGCAAAGAUUGUUCCCGGAUGCGAGAAGAAUAAGGGCUCCAUCCUUCAGCGCGCUGUUCAGUUCAUCACUCAGCUGAAGGAGAAUGAAACGCAGAACAUUGAAAAAUGGACAUUGGAGAAACUGCUCACGGAGCAGGCCAUCCAGGAACUAAGUCAGUCCAACGACAAGCUUAAACAAGAGGUAGAUCGGCUAUAUCGGGAGAAGGAGAUGUGGAAGAGCAUUGCCGAGUCAGCCGGUUUACAGCCUCCUCAACCAAAAGAGGAACCAGAGGGCAGUAGCUAGCUGGAUGUUACUGAGAAGUUCUUUUAAUUCUUGCUCAGGCUAUUCUCUUCCUGAGAAAUUAUUUGGCGUUCUUAGAUUCUCGUGGGAGUGGACCUCAUGUACAGCGUCACUCUUGAUUAUUUACCAUAUUCUGAGCUUCGACAUUAGUGUUUGGAAACAUUAUAACAACAGCACAACAUUCUUGUAUGGUGGUAGUUUUGCAGGUUAUACGCGAAGCCAUUCAGCAGGUUCCAUGAAAUACUCUUGGAUCAACAGA